CUUCACUUGACUAUUCAGAUUUCAUGAACCCCUCGCCGAUUCACACAUAACUGUAGUAUACAAUAUUACCACUCUACCGCUCAACACCGAUUAACCAUAAACAUAUAUCCUAGAGACUCCAAUCCCACAAAAUGAGCACCCAACAGCGUCCAUUCACCCCAAUCCAAUACAUCCCCGCCAAAGAAAAGGACUCAAUCCUGAAUCUACCCAUCUCGACCCUCUCUGCCGUCGCCCACGAACCCCUCCCCAAAGGAGGCAACCAUUGGAGCAUCUACCUCUCCACCAGCGAUACAGACUACAUCCGCUUGGACAUGACCCCCUCAUACACCGUCCCGGCUACGGUUAAUCCCGGCGGCUCUAAGGGAACCCUCAUCGUCAGCCGCGUGGAUGACCUCCGCUUAGACACGGCAACUAAAGUCGUACCACUUGAUGUCCGGGGAGGGUUGAAGGUCAUAGAUUUUGUCGAUUUGCUCGUGAAGGAGAAACGGUAUCUUUAUGAGUUUAACGAUGCAGGACAGGGAUGUCGGUUCUGGGUGCAUCAUCAGAUCGGUCUUUUCUGGGAUGAGGGGUUGAUCGUAGAUAGUGGACAGGUGGAGGAGGCCAGAAGGGCGAUUCUUGUGAUGUAUCCAGAGAUGGUGGAGUAUGGACUGGUUGUUGGGGAGUAUUAUUCUUAA